AUGAUAGACAACCGGUUGAACUUCAACUUCCACGUCGACUACGUUUGCGAGAAGGCGGCGAAGGCUUUCAAUGCGAUAGCCAGGAUCAUGUCGAAUUGUUACGGACCGAGAAGUAGCAAGCGGAGACUGCUGGCUAGUGUGCCAUCAUCGAUACUGCGGUAUGAAGGUCAAGUCUGUAUCGCAGCACUACGAUCGAAGCAGAAUCGCGUGAAGCUGAAUAGUACCUUCCGACUCAUGGUUGUAAGAGUUGCCAGUGCGUAUAGAACAAUAUCGUCGGAGGCAGUAUGCGUUAUCGCUGGAGUGAUCCCCAUCAGCAUCAUGCUCGUGGAAGAUAACGACUGCUGCGGACGAAGAAACACCAGAGGAGCCCGGAAGCUGGCAAGAGAAAAGUCGCUGAGCAAAUGGCAGCAAGAGUGGGAUAGGGCCGAGAAUGAUAGAUGGACGCAUCGACUCACUGACAGAACCGGUCAACCUGGUUGA